GUUGCAGAAAAUUUUGGCGAUUCCUGCACGUCAUCGCGAUUGUUGUUUAAUCAAGGACACAUUGUAGUACGGGAGCUGAAUUGCAGCAUUAGGAUGGGUGCAUGGUCCCUCAAUGAACGCAGCCCAGUAGUCCCCUCACGGUGUUGGGGCUUUUGAUUUCUGUCCGACGUACGAAACGAUCCUGCAAGAGUAGAGCUCGGAUUGGAGCAUUGCCUGAUCAUGUCGAGAUUUCGCACCCUUGUGCGCGGAGGACUCGUGCUCGUUAGUGCAGGUGCAGGUGCUGCGGCUAUAUCAGCAUUUUACAACUCUAAAAGACCUGAUGCAGCUCAUCAAACGGCAGGAUUGUUCCUCUUGGACGAGGUUCCGUCCAGACAGCAGCAGCUUCAGCACCUGGCAAAUGGAACGGCGGACAAUCCCUACGAUCUCCUCAUCAUUGGAGGUGGAGCCACCGGCACCGGUUGUGCAGUGGAUGCCGCUACCAGGGGUCUGCAAACUGCACUGGUGGAGAGGGAGGACUUUGCUUCGGGGACCUCCUCCAAAAGCACAAAGCUAGUGCAUGGGGGCGUGAGGUAUUUGGAGAAGGCAGUGUUCAACCUGGACUACGGGCAGCUCAAGCUUGUCUUUGAGGCCCUGCACGAGCGCAAGCGCCUGCUGCAGAACGCCCCCCACCUCAGCAGUGCAUUGCCCAUCAUGACGCCGUGCUACAAGUGGUGGGAGGUGCCCUACUACUGGGCGGGGCUCAAGGCCUAUGACUUGGUGGCGGGCACACAGGGCCUCACCCUGUCGCGCUACACCACACCGGCCGAGUCGCGCCGGCAGUUUCCCACCCUCGCCAAGCACGGCCCUGACCACAGCUCCCUCAAGGGCACGAUUGUGUACUACGAUGGGCAGUUUGAUGACUCGCGGCUGAAUGUGAGCCUCGCCUGCACGGCGGCCAUGGCUGGAGCAACGGUCCUCAACUAUGCAGAAGUGACCCGCGUCAUCAAGGACGAGACUGGGCGAGUUGUCGGGGCCACUGUGAAGGAUGUGCUUGGGAGAAAAUCACAUGAUGUAUACGCUCGCCAGGUGAUCAACGCAACUGGGCCCUUCUCUGACGGCAUCCGGCACAUGUCAGAGCCCGAGGCGCCCAAGAUGAUCAUGGCGAGCGCGGGCGUGCAUGUGACCCUGCCGGACUACUACUCCCCGGAUCACCUGGGCAUGAUUGUGCCCAAGACCAAGGAUGGCAGGGUGGUCUUCAUGCUCCCCUGGCUCGAGGCCACCAUUGCAGGCACCACUGACAGCAGCUCGGAGAUCACGAUGCGGCCGCAGCCGACGGAGGAGGAGAUCCAGUUUAUCCUGGACGCCAUCUCCGAGUAUCUGACAGUGGAGGUGCGCCGCAGCGACGUGCAGAGCGCCUGGAGCGGGCUGCGGCCCCUAGCUGUCGACCCCAAUGCGAAGGACACUGCCUCUGCCUCGCGGGACCACAUUGUCACCCAAGACCCCGACGGCCUCAUCACUGUUACAGGCGGCAAGUGGACGACCUACCGGCUGAUGGCAGAGGAUGCGAUUGACAAGGCGCUGGCGACAGGGCGGCUGCACGCGGCCGGCCCCUGCCGCACGCACAACCUGCCUCUGGUGGGCGCCGCCGGAUACACCCCCGCGCUGUUCACGGACGUUGCGCAGCACUACAAGGUCCCCCAUCGCCCGGGUGCCAUUGACACCAGUGUUGCGCGCUACCUCGCAGCCGCGUACGGGGACCGGGCCAAGGUGAUAACGCACAUAGCGGAGGAGAAGAAGCUGGGCAAGCGCCUGGUGCGUGGCCACCCCAUGAUCGAGGCGGAGGUGGUCUACGCGGUGCACAACGAGUACUGCGAGCACCCCGAGGACUUCAUCGCACGCCGCACGCGCCUCGCCUUCGUCGACACCGCCGCUGCGGAACAGGCACUGCCCAAGAUCGUGGAGCUGAUGGCGAAGGAGAAGGGCUGGUGGUGGGGCAGGCGCCGCGCAGAGACCAAAAGGGCGCAGGACUAUCUGGCAACCUUCCAGAGCCGCCCUGAGCCGGCCGGGGGUGUCACAGUUGGAGACAGCCCCAGCGCUCCCUGA